AUGUUGGCAAUCUCGUGUCUCUGCAAGAAGGCUGCUCUGGAGGUCGCGCUCUCAGCUGAGGCGAAUGGAAAAGAUAUUGAACUAUCCUUUUGCCAUUGCACUAGUUGCCGACACUCCACCGGCCUCCUGUUCACUUCGUACCUACCGAUCAAGGAGCCUCACGCGUCCCAAAUUGACGGCCUCUCUCGACACACCUCGGAGGAUGGUUGGACCAGGCUAUUCUGCCCGAACUGCGGCUGUCAUGUCUUGAGAGUACAGACUGGGGAGGGAGAGGAAUCCACGUGGGAGGUAGCGACGGGCGUUAUUGAGAAAGCCACCGAAGAUGACGAAAAGGCGUUUGAAGCCAUUAAAGUAGCGGGCAAUAUCAACGUUGGAGACACGGUAGACGGCGGUGCUUCCGUGUGGCUCCCGCCCAAGAACGAUCCCCAGGCUUGGCGCAUGGAUCCACCCACUCCUUGUCCCGAAGUAGACAGUAGUAGCCCUGGGGAUGCACCGGCCGACACGCUCCCCGCAUCGUGCGCGUGCGGCAAGGUGGAUCUCUACAUCACCCGGCCGAACCCGGACAGCUACCUGGCAAGCUCCGGGUGGCCCGACCUCACGCACGCAUACCACUCCAUCUCCGAACCGGAACGAGGCAACCCGGAGGACAUAAAGUGGUGGAUCAGGGACAACGGCAACAAGUAUCUAGCCGGGACCUGCGCGUGUCGAAGCUGCCGUCUCGUUUCCGGGUUUGAGAUCCAAACCUGGACCUUUGUCCCGCGAACCAAUAUUCAUUUCCGCGUCCCCGGUCCCGCAGGCAACGGCGCCUCUGACGGCCGCACGACCGUGGCGCUGGAUUUCAAGACCCUGCCGCGUGGCAUCCUCCAGUCGUACGAGUCGUCGCCGGGCGUGCUGCGCGAAUUUUGCCCCGGGUGUGGCGCGACCGUGUUUUGGCACGACAAGUGGCGCCCCAACAUCAUUGACGUGAGCGUCGGGCUGCUUCGGGCCCGAGAGGGGGCGAGGGCGGAUGGCUGGCUCGACUGGUGGACGGAGCGCGUGAGUUUCGCCGAAGAUGCCGAGGUAGGCCGCGUUGGGCCACCUGCUCAGCGUGCGGUUGAAUUGGUUUCACGGCUGCAGACUGGCCUGGGGCUUUGGACACAGUAG